AUGAUCCCCUGCAUGUACAGUACACUUGACCUUUUCCGCCUCCGCCUUGACUUCGGCUUCUCACACCUCAGCAUCCAAACUGAACUGCUGGUAAAGAUGGUGGCGACGGGCAUAUGUCAUUCAGAUGUGUUCGCUGGCAGCGCACCCAAAGGCACAUCUCCUCCUUUCUUUGGACACAUCAGCGCUACCGCUCUCAUCUGGAUAAGUCGACGCUAUGCUUCGAGCAGGGCCAGGGCCACUACACGUUCGCUGACGAAGAGAGGACACUACGGGCAACACCAUCAGGUAAACCCAAUUUCUGCAGACUGUACACUCGAACUCUUCAGCAUUCCGGAGGCUAACGGAGAACAGCUGGACAGCAGGCCCUGGCUGCAUCGACAGCCUGGAACAUCAGCAUCCUUUCCUACGCCGCAUGAGUUGGAAGUUAAUCCACCUGCCGCAGGCAGAAACGACUUGUCCAUCGAAGAUGUUGCAGCUGUGCGACGACGGAAACGACUGGGCAAGGACGAGAACUACCUGGCCAGUUCCUCAAUGACACAUUGUCCCCAUAGGUGUGCCGCUCGCAGCCGCUCGAUGAAGGAUUCACCAGUGAAUCGACACCUUGAACACGACGUACAUUUCCACCGCAGACCCUUCCACGACUUCGGGCACCGAAGUCUUGAAGGUAUCAAUCUCAACCCCACCGCCUCAGAUACCGGUCAUCAGCCUACGACAUUCAUCGAGAAGCCCUCCAUGUCCGCCUGCUACACGUUCAAGAUCAGCGAUAAGCGCGCGGCCGCCGCCGCAUCACAUCCCGCCACUCAUCACCGGAAUGGCGUAAUGCGUAUCUCGUAUCUCCCUGGCAUACCCACUAUCUCAUGUGCCUGGCAGCAUUCAGAGCACACAAGGAGAAAGUUUGACCUAAAAACCUGCUGCAACAUUGCCCAAGACUGUUGUUGCGAUGAAGCCACCUCUUGUGGAACAUUGCGCAACAGCGGCGAGCACAGUAACGAUGAUACAGAAGACGAGAUAGAAACUGAUUCUGGCAGGGAAAUGGUUGAGGAAGACACCAGCAUCAUGGUCGAGACUCGGCAUUUUCAGGCGGAGAAGGAAUUCAUAGAGAAGAAGGGACGCGGAGCAGUCGACGGUGAAGACACCGGAGCGAGGCUUGGUUCCAUGAGACGCGCUGGGUCUUUGGCCAUCACCCCCGAGUACAAGAUACGGCGCAUCACGGUCGCGAGCGUACCGGUCUCUCGCUGUCAUACCCCGAAGAGUGAAAAUGAAAUGAGACACGAGAGGUUGACUCUGACUCCGACUCUAACGACGAGGCUAACGCUGACGCUGACGCUGAGCAUCGCCCAGACAGUUUCGAGCGGCCUCAUACUCCGGGACUUGAGCCAACUGAUGAGGACCACUCAUUUGCAUUCCAGGCAGAUGAACACCAAUCGCCCACGUCCCAUCUCGAUGAAUGACAUCCAAGGCUCUCCACCGCGUGCCUCUGCCUCUGCCUCUGCUGAUCCUGGGUCACUGCAUCACAAAUCACUGGCGGUCGCACCGACUCGCCCUGCUCCUUCCAACCUUGCGACACGAUCAUCGUACGGUCACCAGCCGGAAACGACUAUGCCUAUACUCACUUCCAUCCUCACGGAGCCUGCCCUCAAGUCCUGCCAUCAGGAGCUUCUGCCAAUCACGCCGACACUCCCUGCAUCAUUGGAUUUGACGUUCCAGCUUUCAGAUACUCACCAGCCGGGCAGGGUGACGCCUGCACCCAUUUCCAUGCUCGCCGAGCCCGGCCUUAAGUCCUGCGAUCAAAAGCUACCGUCAAUACCGCUGACUCUCCUUGCAUCGUCGGAUCUGAUGAUACAGCUUUCAACUGCUCACGAGCCCGAUAUGUCGACGCCUGCACUCAUCCCGGUGCUUGCCCGUCCUGAAGCCAAUCCAUUUGGUCUGGCAGCAUUUGCAAGCUCCACGACCGACCUGCACCGAAUUACGCCUGCAAUCGUUGCAAGAGUGCUCCAGGUACCGGCUCGAGAAUACCAGGGUAAGCCUCCGAGCGCUGUCGACGGCAUGAUCGGGUCCUUGCAGCCGGGAAUGUGGGUGUCAGCGUCGGCAGUAUCGGCAGCAAUAUCCGCAUUGAACACAGUGCCAUCCGAAUACAAAGUCAACGAGAUCGGCUCUGUAAGUGCCGAGGACCCGCAGGACGCUGGAGAGCCACCGUUCAUGCAAUUUUGGCAGAGCAGCGGAGACCAGUAUGACGCAUCGGGGCUCCAACGUCUGGUUCACUCGGGAGGAAGUUUCUCGCAACCUCACGGGGCUGCAUAUUGUACCAGCUGCUCCUCAGCACCGCGGAUCGAUUAUGGCACCGUAGCCCUGCCCAGCGCGGAUCUCAUCUAUCGCCUAUAUGACCAGACCGGAAUGGCCUGCAUGGCCAUGCCUGACCCCGAGCCAGCAAUCGCACUCAGAUGCUCGUCAACAGCAACAGCAUAUCAUCGACUCGGAAUUGCGAAUUGGGCGGUCCGACCACAGAAGCAGUCAGACUUCAACCAUAGCCUGUAUUUUGCAGAACACUGCAUCACACUGGACCUUGUGUUUCGUCAAGCCAAGAGAGCUGGGGAGAUGGCCUCGACAUACUUCAGGAACAGUGAAGAUGAUCCGGAGGAGCGCACAGCAUUGCAUUUCUCAAAUUUGUCCGACUCGGCAGAUCCAUGCGAUGACAUUGACUCAGCCUCUUAG